AUGUUUCCUAUAAAAUAUCUAUUCUAUUUUAUUCUUUUACAUUUGAUUAUUGGUCAUCCUCAAAUCAAUCUUCAUCAUACAGGUUGGGUACGUGAAAAUGAAAAUAAUGAUGUAUUACAACAUGAUUGUUUACGUCUUGAUAUCUUAAAUAAAGAAGAAAAUGCUAGUCGUGAAAUAAUAUCCUAUUGUAUGAGUGAAUUACCAUCGAAAUUUCAAGUCGAAGAAAAUGAUUUAUUUCCAAAAUUUACAUUUAGUGAACUUUCAUAUCAAAAUAUAACAAGUCAACAAUUAUAUCUUUGGUCAGCAUCAAUAGAUACUAUUGAAGAUUAUCAAUCCUAUUUGAAUGAAUUAUCAAUUUUUAAUAAAUCAGCUUUAUCAAAAGAAGUUUUUUAUAAUUGUACCUUACCAAGAUUUGGUUCGAUGUGUCAAUAUGAAAUUGAUUAUAAGCAUUCAGAGCAUUCAUCGUUAAAUGAUAUCAUUACUGAUUUUUAUCGUACUCAUGAAUAUAAACCAAUUAAUUAUACUUGUUAUACUCAUUUACAAUGCAAUCGCGGUCAUUCGCCAACAUGUUUAGAUUGGACUGAGAUUUGUAACGGAGAAAUUGAUUGUCUUGAUGGUGGAAUUGAUGAAGAAUAUUGUUGGCAACUUGAAAUAAAUGAAUGUAAUGAUAAUGAAUAUCGUUGUACUAAUGGACAAUGUGUGCCAAAAGCGUUUUUUCAAGAUGAUAAGUAUUUUCCUGAUUGUCUUGAUGGUUCAGAUGAAUCUUAUAGACAAUCUAAUGAAGUCAAUGGAUGUUCUAAAAAUAAACCAUCGUUUAAAUGUGAAGAUGUAACAUGUGAAGAUCCACGUUGUGGAAGUAAGAAAUGUAUGGGCUCUUGUUGGUACUAUCGUCAAGAAAUAAUAUUUAAAAGCAUGUUCUCUGUAAAAGAUAAUUCCACAUCUGAUCAAUGUUGGUCUGCAUUCGUAUGUAGUGGUAUUAAUUUACAGCAGUCAUCUCUAUCCAACUGUGUUACUUCUUGCGCAAACAAUGACUGUUAUAAAGUUAUUGAAAAUGAAUGUCCAGAUAAGUUCUAUAUGCCAACUAUUCCAGUUUUAUUUGGUGAUAUUUAUUUUGCUUAUGAAAAAUGUAAACCAUGCACGAACUUUAAUAAAGCAUUUAAGUAUCCUUAUAUAUGCUAUAAUAAUUCUCGUUAUGAUAGUUAUUUUAAUGAAACUUCAAAGAUGGAAAAUAAAUAUACAACAUUCUCAUUCAAUAAUCGAAUGUGUCAUCGUCGGCUGCCGGUUUUAGACUUACCUACCAUAGGUGGUAGGCCCGAUAUGAUAACCGAAUUAUCUCUUUUGCAUGAGUUACAUCCGGAACUUUGGCAAUACCAAGAAAUUUAUAAUUAUAAUCUUACGAUUUGUAAUAGAUCAAAUAUGUAUCAAUGUUCUAAUUCAUUUAAAUGUAUUUCUAUAUAUCGUCUUAUGAAUGGUAUAAAUGAUUGUCCUAAUGGUGAUGAUGAAAAUAUAACUUCAGUUAAUUAUACUAUUCCAACAGAAGAAUCUAUAGAUACAGGUAUAGUGGGUAUUCCAGAAGACAAAAGGAAACUUCUAUAUGCAAGAAAACAUAUUUCAUUUCAAACAAUUUGUGAUGGAUUUACUGAAUUAGCACCUAUUACAAUAGAUGGACAAGAUGAAACAGAUGAAACCGAAUGUGAACAUUGGUCAUGUAAUAAUGUUUAUACUCAUUGUAACGGUUUAUGGAAUUGUCUUAAUGGUGAAGAUGAAAUUGAUUGUGGUUUAUCGUCAUCAUUAAAUUGUUCUUCAGAUGAACAUCAGUGUGUUUCACUUAAUACAAGUCAAUUUAUGUGUUUACCAAUUACUAAAGCAAAUGAUGGUAGAGUUGAUUGUAUUGGAGCUACCGAUGAACCAAAAUUAUGUCGCAAAGAAUAUCAAAUAAUGAAUAUGGAUAACUUUCAUUGCAUACACCAAAAACCAAAACGAUGUAUCGAUAAUUUGGGCCUAUGUAACGGUAUAUAUGAUUGUGAUCAUGGAGAUGAUGAACAAUUUUGUACAACAGAUAAAUCUCCAGUUCAUUCUAUUUGUCUAGAGUCGGAACGUCCGAAUGCUUCGAAUGUCGAAGGUUAUUUAUGUGAUCAAGUACGACUAUAUCAAAAAGAACGAAUUGUAAGUUUUACUCUCAAUAGAAUGAAGAAAUCACUAAAAGAUCAAACAAAACAACAUAUAAAACACGAAGUACGUUUAAAUCCACCUAUAACUGUAACAUCUAUUCAACAACAACUUCAUUGUCAUCGUGGUAUUGAUGUGCGUAUGUGGUUAAAUGAUAAAACUAAUCGAACAAGAAAAAUAUGUUUUUGCCCACCAAGUUAUUAUGGUGAUCAAUGUCAAUAUCAAAAUCAACGAGUAAGUUUAUCAAUUAAAUUAAUAACAUCAUAUAAUUCAUGGAAAAUGCUAUUUGCAAUUGUUAUUUUAUUAAUUGAUGAUGAUAAUAAUAAACAAAUAAUUCAUUCUUCUGAACAAUUUACUUAUUUAUCAAUACGAGAUUGUCACAUAAAAAAACGUCAUAUUAAUUUAAUUUAUUCAAAUCAACCAAAAGAUCAAACAAAAAAUUAUGGAAUACAGAUUCAUAUUUAUGAAAAAAAAUUAUUAAACUAUCGAGGAAGUUUUUAUUUUCCAAUUAAAUUUUCAUUUUUACCUGUUCAUCGUUUAUCAUUAAUCGUUGGUAUUCCAGAUGAUAAUAUUAAUUUUGAAAGUUGCUCAGAUUAUCCAUGUAUCAAUGGUAAAUGUAUUAAAUAUCGAAAUAAUGAACAAAAAAUAUUUUGUCAAUGUAAUAAAGGGUGGUCUGGCCGUUAUUGUACAAUUGAACAUUCUUCAUUAUGUUCAUCUCGUUCAGUAUAUAUCGGUGUUUCUCCUAGUAAUCAAUCAAUAUGUAUUUGUCCUAUGAAUACAUUUGGUUAUCGAUGUCUUCUUAAUAAUAUGAUUUGCCAAAAUAAUGAAAAUUUAACAUGUCAAAAUGGUGGUGAAUGUAUUCCUACAGAUGAAUAUAUGAUAUCGAAGGAACAAUUUACAUGUAUUUGUCGAAAAGGUUAUUUUGGAGAACGAUGUGAAUUAAAUGAUAAUAAAAUAAUUUUAUCAUUUGAGAAAUCUAUUAAUGUAUCCCAAUCAAUAUUUAUUCAUUUUAUUGAAGUUAUGAAUAAUGAUAAACCAUUGAGAUUGACUACAUCUCAAACAAUUCCUAUUAAACAAAAGUUUGUUACAAUUCUUUGGUCAAAACCAUUUCAUAUUGUUUUUGUUGAACUUCUUGAAAAGAAAUAUUAUUUAAUUUUAGUUCAAAAUAUUUAUAUUCGAUCAAAAACAAUUAACCAAUUGAUAAAGCCAUCAGAUCGUUGUAAACAUAUAAAUGAAAUAUUUAAUGAUAGUAUUGCUAAAUCAAAUAUUAUUCGUCGGAUAAAAUAUUAUCAUUUACCAUGUCAAAUGUCUUCAUUAAAUCUUUCUUGUUUUUAUGAUGAUAUUCAUCUUUGUUUAUGUUAUAAUCAUUAUAAACAACGUCUUGCUAAUUGUUUUGAAUUUGAUCAUAAUAUGACAUUCAAUUGUUUUGGUCGAAGUCUUUGUCAAAAUGGAGGUGAUUGCUUUCAAGAUGCACUUGAUUGUCCGACAAGAUCAAUAUGUGUUUGUCCUUCAUGUUAUUUUGGAACACAAUGUCAGUUUAGUACAAGUGGAUUUGGUUUAUCACUUGAUGCUAUUUUAGGUUAUCAUAUUGUACCAAAUGCUAAUAUUAAAUAUCAACCAGUUAUUGUAAUAUUAAGUUUAAUAUUGAGUAUUCUAUUUAUUAUUGCUGGUUUUAUCAAUGGUAUUCUUGCUAUGAUAACAUUUAAAAAUAAAGUUGUACAUGAUGUUGGUUGCGGUUUAUAUUUAUUAGGUUCUUCAAUAACAACUUUACUUAUAAUGAUUUUAUUUGGAUUAAAAUGUUGGAUACUUAUUUUUUCACAAAUGGGAAGGAUAUCAAAUCGAACAUUCUUACGUAUUCAAUGUAUUACUCUUGAUUUUCUUCUACAAUCAUGUCUUAAUAUGGACCAAUGGUUAAAUGCUUGUGUAGCCGGUGAACGAGCAUAUACAAUAAUAAAAGGUACUCGUUUUCAAAAGAAAAAAAGUAAAACAGCAGCUAAAAUAAUAAUUCUUAUUCUUAUUAUUGUUAUCAUAAGUACAUCGAUUUAUGAUCCGUUUUAUCGACGUUUAAUAGAUGAAGAAAAUGAUGAUGAAAUAAGAAUAUGGUGUAUUAUUACUUAUUCAUCUAGUUUAAAAACAUUUCAGUCUGCAAUACACGGUUUUCAUUUUAUUGCUCCAUUCGUAAUAAAUUUAGUAUCAUCUAUUGUUUUAAUAACAAGAAAAUCUCGUCAACAAUCAAAUUUACGUACUGAUCGAACUUACUAUCAACUUUUACGACAACAAUUACGUGAACAUAAAAAUUUAUUAAUUGCUCCAGUUAUAUUAGUCAUUCUUGCAUUACCACGUUUAAUAAUAUCUUAUGUAUCGAACUGUAUGAAAUCAGCGAGUAAUCCAUGGAUAUAUCUUAUUCUAUAUUUUAUUUCAUUUAUUCCACCGAUGCUUACUUUUAUUAUAUAUGUAUUACCAUCGAAAUUUUAUAAACAAGAAUUUAAUAAGACUAUUGAACGAUAUCGAAUUAACAUACGAAGACGUUUACAGGUUGUUUGA